UUGCCAUCAUUCCCUCUUCUCUCUUAGGGACUCAAAUUGUGGCUGGCAAAGAUGUCUGGAAUAAAGAGACCCAGGAGUAGCGAAUGUGUGUUACCUUACUACACAGCCCACAGCUACCGUUCAAUGGGUGUGUUCAAUACCUCCAUGGGGGACCUGCAACGACAACUGUACAAGGGAGGAGAGUAUGACAUUUUCAAGUAUGCACCCAUGUUUGAGAGUGAUUUUAUCCAGAUUACCAAAAAAGGAGAGGUGAUUGAUGUUCACAACCGUGUUCGAAUGGUGACAGUGGGCAUCGCCUCCACCAGCCCCAUCCUUCCACUACCUGACGUCAUGUUGCUGGCCAGACCUGCUAAAGUCUGUGAAGAGCAUGCCAGACGUGGCCGGCCCAUUAAAGGGAGAGGACGGAAGUCUGCGAAGACUCUAGAGCUCACCAGGCUACUUCCCUUGAAGUUUGUCAAGAUCUCCAUCUACGAUCGUGAGAAACAGCAACUGCGUUUGAAGCUUGCCACAGGCCGGACUUUUUAUCUGCAGCUUUGUCCCUCUUCAGAUGUACGAGAAGACCUCUUCUGCUACUGGGAAAAGCUUGUCUAUCUUCUGAGGCCACCAGCAGAGAGCUGCAGCAGUACCCCAACAAUUCAGACUGGGGACAGAAAUAUUGAGGAUGACAAAAGCCUACUGGCCUCAGACAUCCAUGGAGAAGGAGAUCAGGAUUCUGGGCUUCUAAAGCUUCAUGAACUGUCUGGAGCCUCCUCUUCUGCUUAUGCUGGAGGAGAGGGACUUCAAGGUGCUAUUGCAGCUGUCAUCAGCACUUCGGGAUCUACCAAAGAAGGAGCAAUAGCAGGGACAACAGGUGGCUUGACUGUUGCAGGGGCAGCAACAGGAGGUGGGUCAGCAAACAGCCCUGCCUCAGGUGCUCUAGGUAUAGCAGCCACCAUGCCUGGAGGUGGAGGCUCCAGCCCGGUAACUGCAGCCCUGGCAGGAGCAGCCACCAAGGAUGCAGGAGAAGCUGGAUCUAGCAAGGCUUUAGCAGUUGCUGUCUCCUCAGAAGAAGUGAAUGUAGCCUUGGCCGGUGCUGCAAGCGGUUCCACUGGGCAAAGCUCCUCAGGUGGAGCUGUCAGCAUCUCCCCAGGCAGCAGCAUGAGUGUGGUGUUUGCAGGGACUGUAACGACCAGUACAACAACCAAGACAGGAAAAGAUGAAGCAGCUGCGGUGGCACCCCUCGUAUCAACCUUGCAGAGUGAAGGCUAUAUGUGUGAACGGGAUGGAAGCCAGAAGGUUUCCAAGACCAGCAGUGAAGGCCGGAAGGAAAAAAAGGUAAAAAAAGAAAAGAAGGACAAACAUGCCAGUAGGAAAAGUUCCCGGCACCGGAGAGCAGGUGAAACCCAUCACAAGGCAAGCAGGGAAAAGAGCCGGAAAUCAUCCUCCCAUCGGUCUGUAUCUGAACACCACGGAAAAACAAAAGAUGACAGGAAAGACAAAGGGCACAAGAAAGGACGGGGCUCAUCUCACAAAAGUGCCAGCCAUAGUUCUUCUACCAAGGAGUCCAGGAAAAUUCACAAAGUGGGGAAGAGCCGAUCUUCAACUAGUUCAGUUAACUUAAGUAAGAAAUCCAGUAAAAUUGGCUCUUUUUUGAGGAGCUUCAUGGUUAUGCCCAGUUCAAAAACAGUUGUUACAUCACGUGAUAGAGAGCUAGACAUCGUGACCAAGACGGUAGAAAAGCACAACAUAGAGAGGAAGGUGGAGAGAGCCCAGGAAGGCAAGGAUCUAGAGAUCUCUGGUACUGUGACAUCUGAGAUGACAGAAAGGUUCAUCUUUGAAGCCAAAUCCAUUUAAAUAGAAGCUAGAGCAGGAAGCUGUGAGAUCAAGGGCUCAGAAGGUAUACCCAGUGAGCCAAUUUUAGUUUUCCUGACUGCAGUUUAAAUAAUAAAGGUCACACAACUCCAAAAUAAUGCAAUUUUCUUUUUGAAUUUCUCUAUCCCACAGCCUGGCAAUGACCUCAUAGUGGCCUCUGUGACAUUACCUAUGCUCCAGGCAGGUAGAGCCUCUCACCAGAAGUGCAGCAGAGCCAGUGUGAGGCAAAAGCUUCAACCCUUUCUGCCUUUGGUUCUUUAAGACUAUGGAGGUCAUAGACUAUGGGAUGAAUGCCCCCCACCAGGUCCCCAUGGCCAUCCUCCCUUUCUUCUGAAGGUCUGUGAACAUGAACAUUCAGUCCAGUUCACAAACUCAGAAAAGACAGUCUUCAUAAACCCACGAGAAAAAGGGAAAGGGUAU